CUCCAGCCCUAGCAUCAAAAUAUCAGAAGAAAAAAUACAAUAUUUUAUUGUUUUAUCAUAAUGGCAAAUGCUAGAACCAAUGGGAAGAAAAAGAACAAGAUAGUGAAUCUGAAAAUAGUGGUGGAGAAGUUACAAAGGAGUCUUUCAUUGGUGAAGAAACUUGCAGCAGAGUUUGAUGCUCGAAGCAUCCCGCGUUCAUGCAACGUUCCAGAAGACGUUAAAGAAGGGCAUUUUGCAGUGAUUGCAGCUGAUGAAGAUGAGUUGAAGAAGAGAUUUGUGGUGCCAUUGAGUUGUUUAACACAUCCUUCAUUCUUGAGACUAUUGGAACAAGCUGCUGAAGAGUAUGGUUUUGAUCAUGAAGGUGCACUUACAUUACCAUGCAGGCCAAGUGAACUUGAGACAAUUUUGAGGGUUGAAGGGAGGAAUAAACAAUCAAGAUUAGAUAAUAAUAGUGGUGUUAAUUGGAGUUCAAGUAUGGUGAAAAGUUGUUGAAAAUAAUGAAGCAUUAAUAAAGAAGCUAAGAUAUUUUACUCCGACUAACUCAUCUUGUUGAGCCUCUAUGUUUGGAUUGGUUUUAUUAAAUUCAAGUAUUGUAACUAUGACGGUCGUGCUCGUUUUGGACUUGGUCGUAUCCUUUGGGUCGGUCAUGCUCAUGCGACUAUGACGUCAAUGAGGAAUGGAAGAGGAGCCUUGGCGUAACUGGUAAAGUUGUUGCGAUGUGACCAGGAGGUCACGGGUUCAGCCGUGGAAACAUCCUUUUACAGAAAUGCAUGGUAAGGCUGCGUACAAUAGAUUAUUGUGGUUCGGUCCUUUCCCGGACCCCGCGCAUAGCGAGAGCUUAGUGCACCGGACUGCCUUUUUUUCCCUUCAAAUAUUGUAGCUCUCUUGCUCUUGAUUGUUAGAUGAUGAGGAGUUGGCUAGAGAGAUAAUAGAUUAUAGCCUUAAGAUGGUAGCUUCUAUUUCAUGAUU